AUGUUAGCGUUGGCUCAACCUACUCCCACGACGUUCGCCUCGCUGCAGAAGGCGGUGGUGGUGACGGCGUUCGACGAGCCCCUCGCCAUCCACGAGGUGCCCGUGCCAGCUUUACCGCUGGAGCACCACGUGGUGGUGAAAAAUCUUGCUGUGGGUGUCAACCCCGUCGACUGGAAGCUGAAGCUGUACAAGUUCGCCAUUUAUAGCUUCCCCUGGAUCAACGGGCGCGAGCUGAGUGGUGUCGUUGUCGCUGCUGGGCUGAAGCUGGUGAUCCCUCUCCACGAGCUUGUGGUGGUGCUGAGCACCAGCUACCGGGACUUGACGACGCUGACGUUCCAGGAGUAUACCGUCGUCGACUCGCGCUUGCUCUGGAAGCUCCCCCACUCGCUCUCGGUGCUGCUGGGGGCGUCGAUCGGCGUCGGCCUCACCACUGCCGGGGUCAUCUUGUACAACACGUUUGCCAUUGGCUACGACGAAAACCUUGCGGGCAAGACUCUUUUGAUCUACGGCGGCGCCACCGUGGUGGGGCUCUACUUGGUGCAGUUGGCCAAGUUCCACCAGGCGAACGUCGUCGCGGUAGCGCUGACGGAAAACGAGGCCUACCUCACGUCGUUGGGUGUCGACCAGGUGAUUGACCGUCACCUGGGCGCAGUGGAGGCGGCGUUGGCGGCGUUGAACGUCGACUAUGCCGUCGACUGUGUGUCGAAGCAGACGUUGUCCACCCUCAUUGACCACACUAACGCCCCGCAAGUGUGUGGUAUUGUUGGCGGUAUUGAUAACGACAGAGUAAAGCCAGUGGUGAUCAAGCAAUUCCACGAGAACUUCGAGUUUGCCCUGGAAUUCAUUCAGCACACUCAGCGAUUGUUGGAUGACGGCACCGUGAAACCGGUGCGUACGAAGGUGUUUUCAGGAGGGUUGGCCACGGUGCCCACGGCGUUGGCCCAGCUUGCCGGCGAAGGUGCCAGGGGGGAAAAGUUUGUGGUGACAAUGAGGUAA